AUGGAGGGUCAUUGGUGCACGUUGCCCAGUGUGGCCAGAUUCCAUUUCAGAACAAGCCCUCCAGCGUCUGCUAUCGGAUGCUACUUCCUAUUUGCGGCUGAUGAUGCAGAAACGCUAAUGGACUCCACCACGGCGACGGCAGAGCUGGGCUGGACAGUGCAUCCUCCCUCAGGGUGGGAAGAGGUGAGCGGAUACGACGAGAACAUGAACACGAUCCGGACGUACCAGGUGUGUAACGUCUUUGAAUCCAAUCAGAACAACUGGCUGCGGACCAAAUACAUACGGAGGAGAGGAGCUCACCGCAUCCACGUGGAGAUGAAAUUUUCUGUCCGGGACUGCAGCAGCAUCCCAAACGUUCCCGGCUCCUGCAAGGAGACCUUCAAUCUCUACUACUUCGAAUCUGACUUUGACUCGGCCACCAAGACUUUUCCCAACUGGAUGGAGAACCCCUGGGCAAAGGUGGACACCAUUGCGGCUGAUGAGAGCUUCUCCCAGGUGGACCUGGGUGGCCGCGUGAUGAAGAUCAACACCGAGGUGCGCAGCUUCGGGCCGGUCUCCAAGAACGGAUUCUAUCUGGCGUUCCAGGACUAUGGGGGCUGCAUGUCCUUAAUCGCUGUCCGGGUCUUCUACCGCAAGUGCCCCCGAGUGAUCCAGAACGGGGCCGUGUUUCAGGAGACGCUCUCGGGAGCAGAGAGCACUUCGCUGGUGGCGGCCAGGGGGUCGUGCAUUACCAACGCAGAGGAGGUGGAUGUCCCCAUCAAGCUGUACUGCAAUGGGGAUGGGGAGUGGCUGGUGCCCAUUGGACGGUGCAUGUGCAAGGCUGGCUAUGAAUCGGUGGAGAACGGGACCGUCUGCAGAGGCUGCCCAUCGGGGACGUUUAAGGCCAGCCAAGGGGACGAAGGGUGCAUUCACUGCCCAAUUAACAGCAGGACAACUUCGGAAGGGGCCACCAACUGCGUGUGCCGAAAUGGAUAUUACCGGGCAGACUCUGACCCCCUGGAUAUGCCAUGCACCACCAUCCCGUCCGCCCCCCAGGCCGUGAUCUCCAGUGUGAACGAGACGUCGCUGAUGCUGGAGUGGACCCAACCCCGGGACUCCGGGGGCCGCGAGGACCUGGUGUACAAUAUCAUCUGCAAGAGCUGCGGCUCGGGGCGCGGCGCCUGCACCCGCUGUGGGGACAACGUGCAGUUCUCCCCACGCCAGCUGGGCCUGACAGAGCCCCGCAUCUACAUCAGCGACCUGCUGGCCCACACCCAGUACACCUUUGAGAUCCAGGCCGUGAACGGGGUCACCGACCAGAGCCCCUUCUCCCCACAGUUUGCCUCAGUCAAUAUCACCACCAACCAGGCCGCCCCUUCUGCUGUGUCCAUCAUGCACCAGGUCAGCCGGACGGUGGACAGCAUUACCUUAUCGUGGUCUCAACCUGACCAGCCCAACGGAGUCAUCCUGGAUUAUGAACUGCAGUACUUUGAGAAGGAUCUGAGUGAAUUCAAUGCCACAGCAGUGAAGAGCCCCACCAACACCAUGACUGUGCAGAACCUCAAAGCCGGCACCAUCUAUGUCUUCCAGGUGCGGGCACGCACCGUGGCCGGCUACGGCCGCUACAGUGGCAAGAUGUACUUCCAGACCAUGACCGAAGCUGAAUACCAAACCAGCGUCCAGGAGAAGCUGCCGCUCAUCAUCGGCUCCUCCGCAGCGGGUCUGGUGUUCCUCAUUGCCGUGGUCGUCAUCAUCAUUGUGUGCAACAGAAGACGGGGCUUCGAGCGAGCCGACUCCGAGUACACUGACAAGCUGCAGCACUAUACCAGUGGCCACAGUACGUACCGCGCACCCGUGCCUGGCCUGGGGGUCCAUUCCUUCUUCGUGACUCCGGGAAUGAAGAUUUACAUUGACCCCUUCACCUAUGAAGACCCCAAUGAGGCCGUCAGGGAAUUUGCAAAGGAAAUCGACAUCUCUUGUGUCAAAAUUGAGCAGGUGAUCGGAGCAGGGGAGUUUGGGGAAGUGUGCAGUGGGCACCUCAAGCUGCCUGGCAAGAGAGAGAUCUUUGUGGCCAUCAAAACGCUGAAGUCAGGUUACACGGAGAAGCAGAGACGGGACUUCCUGAGCGAGGCCAGCAUCAUGGGGCAGUUCGACCACCCCAACGUUAUCCACCUGGAGGGGGUGGUCACCAAGAGCGCCCCUGUCAUGAUCAUCACCGAGUUCAUGGAGAAUGGCUCCCUGGACUCCUUUCUCCGGCAAAACGAUGGGCAGUUCACGGUGAUCCAGCUGGUGGGCAUGCUGCGGGGCAUCGCCGCGGGCAUGAAGUACCUGGCCGACAUGAACUACGUGCACCGGGACCUGGCUGCCCGCAACAUCCUCGUCAACAGCAACCUGGUCUGCAAGGUGUCCGACUUCGGCCUGUCCCGCUUCCUGGAGGAUGACACCUCGGAUCCCACCUACACCAGUGCGCUGGGUGGGAAGAUCCCGAUCCGGUGGACGGCGCCUGAAGCAAUUCAGUAUAGGAAAUUCACCUCAGCCAGCGACGUGUGGAGCUACGGCAUAGUCAUGUGGGAGGUGAUGUCCUAUGGGGAGCGGCCCUACUGGGAUAUGACCAAUCAAGAUGUGAUAAAUGCAAUAGAGCAGGAUUAUCGGCUGCCCCCUCCCAUGGACUGCCCCAACGCCUUGCACCAGCUAAUGCUCGACUGCUGGCAGAAGGACCGGAACCACAGGCCCAAAUUCGGGCAGAUUGUCAACACGUUGGACAAAAUGAUCCGGAACCCCAAUAGCCUGAAAGCCAUGGCACCCCUCUCCUCCGGGAUUAACCUCCCUUUACUGGACCGCACAAUCCCCGAUUACACCAGUUUCAACACAGUGGAUGAAUGGCUGGAUGCCAUCAAGAUGGGCCAGUACAAGGAGAGCUUUGCCAGCGCCGGCUUUGCCACCUUUGACGUGGUGUCACAGAUGACCAUGGAGGACAUUCUGCGAGUCGGGGUCACUUUAGCAGGCCAUCAGAAGAAAAUUCUGAACAGUAUCCAAGUGAUGCGAGCACAGAUGAAUCAGAUCCAAUCUGUGGAGGUUUGA